AUGAUAAUUGCUCUUUUUAUUUCCUUGAUUUAAAUAGCAAAUUUUUAGGAAGCCAAUUUUAUGCUUUAUUGUGAUAAAGAUAUAGUGUUGUAGAAUGGAGAAAAUUACAUUCCUACUAUUUAUGAUUAAAAUUCUCCAAAUAAUUUUUCUUUUAGAGAUUAGCCUGAAUAUCUAGAACUUUUAGAUACUUUUAAAAUAAAUCGGCAAAAUAUUAUAUAUUCAUCAUUAACAAAUCAACACCUUAUCAUUAUGAACAAAUAUGGAAAUAGAUAUUCUUUAGAAAAAUUUAACCUGAUAUUUCAUUUCACCGAAAAUCAGAUAAUGAAUUAUACUUUAGCUUAAGUUUAUGAGACUGAUUUAGAAAUUGGUUAAUGUGCAAAUAUAAUAUUUGUAGAUUUAUUAUUUUCAAAUAUAAGCAUUAUUUGCGAAUAUGAUGAUUAAUAUAUUGUUUAUAUGUUGUAUUAAGAGAAAAAAGAUUCACCUAUAAUCAUCUAGAAUUCAUAUAAUUUAAGAAUAUUAGAAUAGUGCACUUUUUCUAUUUAUUCGCAUUAGUACUAAUAGAUUUUGAUUCUAAGUUUUGAUAAUUGCAAAACCUGGAUUAUUUAUAAAUGUGACAUUGAACGGAUUUAAGUACUUGCUGAAUCAAAUAAUUUUAACAAUUAAAUUUUGAGACAUAUUGAAUAUAGUAACGUGAUUAUUAUGCAAUUUGACCAUCUGAUAAUUAAUGUUUAUUCAAAUAUUACGCUUUAUGAAAACAAAUAUCAAAAAAUACUAAAUUUCAAAUAAUACGAUGAGUAGUUUGUAAUUGUAGUCGAAAAAACAAACAACGAUGUUGUCGAUGAUCUAUAAUCUAAAAAUUUAAUCCUUUACAGAAUCCAAAACCCAUAAAAAAUAAUAAAAACUUUUCAUUUUAUCAUUUUAUAAUUUGAUACAUAUUUAGAAUAUAUAAACCCUUUCUCCAUAAGUUAUUUUCUACAAUUAAAAAUGAAUUAACGAACUUCACUUUUUUGUAAUAAUCCCUUAUUAAUAUUAAUCAAUGAAUUUCAUGAAUUGCAUGUAAUUAAAAUAAAUCAGCAUUCCAACUAUUUAAUCUGCAAUGAAUAUGAAUCUCAAAAUUAAAUUAGUUUAAUAGAAAACAUGUUCCACAGAGAUUUGAAGAUAUUAACUGGUUAAAUUAUCCAUAAAAAAACUUAUGAGCAAGAAUUUAUUAAUAAUUCCUAUAAUAUUCAAAUUAGUCUACUUUAAAAUUAAUUCUACUUUUCCUUGUAUACAGGUUUGUUCUCAAAAUUGAAAUUGACCCCAGAUCUAAUUUUUUUAAAUAAUAGCAGCAAAAUUUAAUGCAAUCUCAUAAAAUACACCAUAUUAAGUAGGUCUUGCAUUGAUCUAAUUAAAAAUUAUCUUUGGAUAAAAGAAUUUGUUGUCUAUUAUUAAUUGCAUGUUUUAUAUUAAUAAGAAAAUCUAGAACUUAUGUUGAUGAAUUGUGUAACAAAUAAAUCCUUUGCUGUUGGUAAAUUUGAGGCUCUAAAAAUAGAAGAACCUUAAUUUUAUAUUUUUAAGACUUAAAUUUUUAUACCCUAUGAAGAUGGAACAAAAGUUUUGUGCCUAGAAAUUAGAAAUGGUGCAAGCAGCAUUAGUCCAAAAAUUAUUAAAAUCUAAGGACGAUUAAAAAAAAUUCUAUGUUAUAAAAACAUGUAUAUCAUUAUUACAAAAGCAUAUUAAAUGUUUUUGUACUAAAACAAAUUAAUGGCAGUUUCAACUAAAGAUAUAGCAGAAUUAGGAAUAAUUUCCGUUUAUUAAUGUGAAAAUUUUGAAAUCUUUUUUGGCGUUAUAAAGGCUUGUAGUUUUAACUAAACAAUAAUAAUUAAUACCCAAAUAUUUACUGUUUAAUUCAAUUUGGAUACCUAAAUUCUUUCUAUCAUUUAAAUAAAAUCAACCUAUAAUUCCUACAUUUUGAUAGAAAAAACAAAAAAAGAAUAAAUUAACGUGAACAAAUACGAAUUGAUAGGUAAUUAAAAAAUCCUACUUUUUACACUACCAAAGUUCAGAUUUGAAUAUUAGAUUCCUAUUAAAUAUGUAACAGCUGGUAAUUUUCUUGCAAUAGCAGCAACUAGUAAUAAUACGAAAGUAAUCUUAAUUUAUUAUCUAAUCAAUGACUAUCAUGAUAUUUUAAUUGAUAUUAUAAUUGUAGAUGGUUUUUAUUUCCAUUUCUGCUCUGAUAAUUCACUAGCGAUUUUAAGUAAUUAAUAAUGGAAAAUUUAUGAUCUACAAUCUCUUGACUUGAAUUGUAAAAUUGAGGAAAAAUUUGUUGAAAACUCAAAGAUUUUUAAUUAUGAAUUAUAAUAAAUUUCAAAAAUCAAUUAAAAAGAUCAAAAGAAAAUCACCCUUAAUUUGGAACUUAUAAACCUAACAGGAAAUAUAAUUCAAAGCAAAUCUUCUGUAGCAACAUUCAGAUUUAACAAUACAAAGUAAAAAAUUGUAUUUGAUCCUCAAAUUUUAGUUGCAGGUCCUAUCUACAAUAUAACUUCUUCAAAUGCGGCUAUUAAGCCUCCACUUUAAAACAUAAGAAAUAUAACUAAAACUUAAUGUGCUGAGUUAAUUUAAACUAUAUGUUAUAAUACAGAAAAUAACGAAAUUUUCUUAGAUCUUUUAAACAAUACAAUUUAUAAGUAUAUAGGGUAAAAGCAUUUAGAAGCAUUUAAAAGCGAAGAAUAUUAUAUUAUAGCUUAUUUUUCUGGAGAUUUUGUAUAAAACUUCGAAAUAUAUAAACAAAAUGAAGGAUUGAUUAUAAAAACAAAUAUAUAACAAUAAUUCAGAAUGAAAUAUGAUUGGAUAACUAUAUUUUCAAAUUAUUGUUUAAUAUAGUAAAAUGAGCAAUUACACGUUUAUGUAAUUUAGUCAGAUUAAUUGAUUAAAAUUGAUACUUUAGAAUUUUAAUGUCGUGAUUGUGAGACAAUCAAAGUGAAAAAUUCUAACAAUACAAUAAUGAUAUCAUCAAGUGUAAAUGCUCAUUUCUCAUUCGAAUCAUUUGUAAUUUUGUAAAUAAUUAAAAACAAAGUUUAUUUACAUUAAUUUAAUAAAGUAGAGGAAGAGUUUUUGCUUUAAGAAUUAAAAAAUAUAGAAUUAAUAAGGUUUUACAAUCUCAGUUCAAUCUAGGAUAAUUAAUUGUCAGGUAAAAUAGUUGCGUUUUAACUUCAUCAAUAAAUAUACGUGCUUGACAUUGUCCUAAAUUUAGAAUUAAAUUAGUUAAAAAUUUCUCGCCAGAUAGGAACUGUUUCAUAUUUUGGAAUUACCUAUGUGAAUCAGAUUUUUAUCCUUGAAUCAUAUUUAAUGUUAAUCUCAAGUGAUUAUUCUUAAUAUACCUUAUUACUCUUAUAUAAUUUGUCAGACUUUUCAGUUUGUAAUUCUAAAUAUCCAAUUUAAACUGUCCAUAUUGAUUAGUUUCCAUAAAUUCAAUUUUACAAUCUUACUCAUUUUUUUAUUACUUUUAAGAUGAGUGAUUAAAUUUAACUAUUUCAGAUAUCAGAAUAUUCAUUAGAAAUACAAAACACCUCAAAUAAAUAUGCAAAUCUUUUGUUUAAAAACAGUGAGCAAAGUUUAGAAUUCUAAGCAGAAUUAAUUUAAAUUUCAAACCAAAGUUUAUUUUCUAUUUGCUAAAAAUACAUUUUCUAUUUAAUUUUAUUGUCUUGCCUAAUAUUUUGUUAUUUAUCAAAGCGAAAAAAAAAAUAAAGACACGAGAUUGAAAAUCACAGUGAGAUUGAAUUAUGA